GUGGCCGCCCCGGAGGGCAGCGCGGCUCCGAGCGCGGCAUCCCCUUGCCCUGCUGGGCUCUGAGCAGCGCCGUCUUCGAUUCUUCAGGGGGCUCAUCUCAAAGUGCAGCUUAAAAAAACUUUGCGAAUAGGGGAAGAAAAUGUCACAUAAAAGCUCUAAAGUAAUCAAGAAAGUAAACAUUUCUAGCUCCUUGGAAUCUGAGGAUAUCAGCUUGGAAACCACAGUACCAACUGAUGAUGUUUCUUCCUCUGAAGAGAGAGAAGGUGCUGUAAAAAUCACUAAGCAGCUGAUUGAACGGAAGGAGUUGCUCCAUAAUCUUCAGCUUCUUAAAAUAGAAUUAUCGCAGAAAAACUUGAUGAUUGACAACUUGAAAGUUGAAUAUUUGACCAAGAUUGAGGAGCUAGAGGAGAAGCUUAAUGAUGCAACCCAUCAAAAGCAGCUGUUGUCUUUACGACUGGAUAGUCAGUUGGCAUUACAGCAAGAAGAUGCCAGGAAACAUCAAGCUCUAAUGAAGCAAGAAAUGGAAACUAUUUUAUUGAGACAGAAGCAACUGGAGGAAACAAAUCAUCAGUUGAGAGAGAGGGCUGGAGAUAUCCGUCGUAGCUUGCGAGACUUGGAAUUAACAGAUGAAUGCUAUGAGAAGCUAAAGUCUCUUCCUGAAGAUCAGCUUUCUAUUCCUGAAUAUGUUUCAAUCCGAUUCUAUGAAGUGGUCCAUUCCUUAAGAAGAGAGCUAAGUGAUCUACAGAUGAAAAAGGAGAGUCUAACAGAAGAACUAAGUGGGUACAGAUCCCAGCUGAAGUGUCUGGCAGAGAGCUAUGAAGAUGAGAGGAGGAGUCGGUCAGAGCUUGAGGUCAGAUGCCAGCGUUUAACACUGGAACUGGCUGAUACUAAGCAGUUGAUUCAGCAGGGUGAUUACAGACAACAGAACUAUGAUAAAGUAAAAUGUGAACGUGAUGUAUUUGAGCAUGAAUUGUCAGAACUCAGAAGAAACUAUGAAAUACUGGAGGUGUCAUACAAGGCACAAAUGAAAGAAAGAAAUGACUUAGCAAAAGAGCUGGCAACCGUACAACAAUCCCUCAACUUGUUGCAAAAAGAUAAAGAUUAUCUUAAUCGCCAGAACAUGGAGCUUAGUGUUCGCUGUGCACAUGAGGAAGAUCGUCUUGAGAGACUACAGAUUCAGCUAGAAGAUGCCAAAAAAGCUAGGGAAGAAAUGUAUGAAAAAUAUGUGGCAUCCAGAGACCACUAUAAAGCAGAAUAUGAAAAGAGACUCCAUGAAGAGUUGGAACAAAUAAGGCUGAAAACAAAUCAAGAAAUUGAGCAACUAAGAAACACCUCAAAAGAGAUGUAUGAACGUGAAAACAGAAAUUUGAGAGAAGCAAGAGAUAAUGCUGUUGCUGAAAAAGAGAGAGCAGUUAUUGCUGAAAAGGAUUCUUUAAGAAAAUACGAUCAACUCUUAGAACAGUAUAGACAAAUGCAGCUUGGCACAGAAAGCAAAGUAGCUGAACUUCUUCACCAAAGUAAGUUAAAGUCCUUUGAAACAGAACAUGUUCAACUCAUGCAACAAGAAACAGCUAAGAAUCUUUCACAGUGCCAAAUGGAAUGUGAAAAAUACCAGAGAAAGCUGGAGGUGCUUACAAAGGAAUUUUAUAGUCUUCAGUCUUCUAGUGAAACCCGCAUUAUUGAGCUUCAAACACAGAAUUCUGAGUUUCAAGCAAGACUAGAUACUUAUGAAAAACUUGAAAAAGAGCUUGAUGAGAUAAUACUGCAGACAGCAGAAAUGGAAGAUGAAGUUGAAGCUGAAAGGGUUCUCUUCUCAUAUGGAUAUGGCGCUAAUGUUCCUACAACAGCCAAAAGACGACUAAAGCAAAGUGUUCACUUGGCAAGAAGAUUAUUGCAGCUAGAAAAGCAAAACUCGAUGCUUGUAAAAGAUCUGGAACAUCAGAAGGAACAAGUAACACAGAUUUCACAAGAGCUUGACAGAGCAAAUUCUUUGUUGAACCAAGCACAACAGCCUUACAAAUACCUCAUUGAAACUGUGCAACAGAGAGAAUCUCAAAUAAGCCUACAGAAAGAACAUAUUGCACAACUUGAAAAAGAUGUCAGUCUUUUAAAUAAAGAAAAGACAGCUUUACUGCGUGUCAAGAAUCAAAUGACAGCAGAUUUGGAGAGACUUCUAAAUGACCGUGAGGAACUAGCCACAAUGAAGCAGAUUAUUAUUACUCUACAUGGUAAACGCUAUGAACAAAAUCUACCUCAGUCUCAUAUUGAUGUAAAAAGGGCAACUGGAAGAAGAUCAAACCCUUUGGUAAAACUGCUGCCAGAACAUGAAGAAGAAAAUAUAUUUACACCUAAGCCAACAUUAUUUACAAAUAAAGAGGCACCUGUAUGGUACAAAAAACUGCAGAAGAAAACAUCACCAUAGGAUUUUUCCAAAGUUAUUCAAAACAAUUCUUUAGGGAGCUUUUCAUUAAAGAAAGUUAUUUUCACCAUAAUGAUACCCAUUUUACAUUUAGUUAAAACCCUUUUUGGU